GUGUGGGCGCGUCCAGGUCUCCCUCAGUCCGCUAAGGAUGGACCAGAGGAGCGCUGAACCGGACCCAGGCACCGGCAGCUGCCCGGUCACGCUUUACGGGGAAUUCACGGCCAUCGGUUCCCGAAAAGUCCGGUGUGCCGUGAACCUGACCGAGAAGGAGCUCAUCGUCCAGAGGCUCCCGUCGGCACCUGUUGGGCGGAACAAGGUGGUGCUCAGCCUGAAGGACUGUGUCGGCUGCCGGGCUUACCGGGAGGAUGACGGCGGGGAGCCGGCCGCCUACCUGUCCGCCUACUUCUACCCGCUGAAGCGGCGCUGGCUGAGCUCCGGGGUGUCGCGGCAGAGAGUGGAGCACCGCUUCCGUCUCACCGCGCUCCAGGACCCCGGCGCCAACCUGGAGGAGGCGGAGAAGUGGGCUCGCGCCGUCCGGGAGCGCUCGGGACGGCACCAGUAUCUGAGAGACGGGUUGACGGUGUGGGAGCUGGAUCAUCCGGGCCGAAUGAUGCUGCUCGUGAAUCCACAGAGCGGGAAAGGGCAAGCGCUCAGCCUGUACAACAACCACAUUCAACCGAUGCUCAACGAGGCCGGUGUCCCACACACUCUGGUCAUAACUGAGCGGCAGAAUCAUGCCCGAGACCUGGUGAGAGAGGCCGACCUGUCGCAGUGGAACGCUGUGGUCAUCAUGUCGGGAGAUGGACUCCUGUACGAGGUGAUAAAUGGUUUGCUGGAGAGAGCAGACUGGGAAGAGGCCAUUCAGACGCCGCUGGGUUUCCUUCCUGGGGGAUCAGGCAACGCCUUGGCUGCGUCCAUACAUCACUACUCUGGAGCCUCUCAAGUCUUCGGUGAGGAGCUCCUGAUCAGCUGUGGUUUCCUGCUCUGUAAAGGCCUCCUGUCUCGUAUGGACCUGGUCUCCGUCCAGCUGUCCUCCGGCCCUCGUCUCUUCUCCUUCCUCUCUCUGGCCUGGGGCUUCGUGGCGGACGUGGACAUAGAGAGCGAGAAGUACCGUCACGUUGGAGCUGCCAGGUUCACUGUGGGCACGCUGGUGAGGCUGGCUUCUCUCCGCAUCUACAAAGGUAAGCUGGCUUACCUGCCCGCCUCCAAGGACUGCAACCCAGAGGGAGGUUUGAGAAACAACAUGACGAAGCACUGCAACAAUCAGGCUCCCUCUCUGAGUCCAGCCUCUCAGCUUCACCGACAGACGAGAGACUCUCCCUGUCAGAACACCCUUCACAACUCCUGCCACUCCAACAACUCCCUCAAAGUGCGGAGGGCGGAGAGCACGCCCCCCAGAAGCGCCACCAAAGGUCACCCCGGCCCCCCUGCCUCCCGGCUGCUGCCCCUGGACCAGCCGCUGCCCAGUGACUGGGUGGUGGUCCAGGAGGAAGACUUUGUCCUCAUGCUGGCCAUGUACCAGUCCCACCUGGCGGAGGACCUGAUGGCAGCACCGAACGCCACCUUGGACGACGGCGUCAUCCAUCUUACCUACGUCACAGCGGGAAUAUCCCGCAGCGCUCUGCUGAGGCUCUUCCUAGCUAUGGAGAAGGGCACACAUCUGACCUCUAACUGUCAACAUCUGGUGCACACGGAGGUGCAGGCGCUCAGGCUGGAGCCGAACUCUCCCAAAGGAAUAAUAACAGUAGACGGAGAAGUGGUGGAGUAUGGGCCGAUGCAGGCUGAAGUGCACAGAGGUCUGGCAAGAUUAAUCACUGGAUGAACUGAAGAAACAAACACCAGCGGCUUUUAUCUUUGAUAUUUACGGCUGAUGAUGUUUAAUUGAUCAUUUGUACCAUUUCAAAUCAGAAAUGGAAAAGGUGCAGGAGCAAAUGGAUGUUACACUCGCUCACUUUUAUUCGCUGCGUUCUCGGUCAGUGGUACGCAGAAAACCGGUACAUCAUUUUUUUAAAGAAAAUACUUUGAUGUUUGAUGGGAUAUUACAACAAACACGUGCUGUGUAUGGAGACGCAGAGUGUCCAAUAUUAGAUUAACAGUUGAAUAAAUAUAAUAUAUAUAUUUUUAUAGAUAUUAAGGACUACUUCAGAAUAAGAGGUUUUAUUGCAUUUAUAAAAAUUUGGGGAAAAAAUUGCUUUAUAAUUUCACAACUCAAAUAACUGUUACAAUGCUUUUACUUUGAAAAGAAAAAGUAUGAUUGUUUCACUGUUUAAUUGAAAUCUUUUAUUUAAUGUUGAACACUUGGGGGUCUCCAUGGCCACAGUUGAUCAUACUGUGGUAGAUAAAGUCAGCCUCACAGACACAAACACGUUUCAUCAUCAUCAUUAUGAUGAAGUGUUUAUCCUCCGCAGUAAUAAAUCCAGCCAAUCUCCUUCCUCUCUGAGGCCUGGGGCUUCGUAGCGGACGUGGACAUAGAGAGCGAGAAGUACCGUCACGUUGGAGCUGCCAGGUUCACUGUGGGCACGCUGGUGAGGCUGGCUUCUCUCCAGCUUUCAUGUUGUCUACUGCUGCAUGGUGUGUUCCUUCUGUCCUGGAUCCACAUCUCAGCUUUAAGCGCAGCAUCUUAUUCAUCAGGAAAUUAUUGAAUUUAUACCUUCAUGGCUCCUUGUCACUAUGAUGAAGACCAUGUCUUUGUGUGUGUAUGUGUAGUUAUUGUGUGGUAGUGCAGAUGUCCUCAUGGAGUCGUUACCCUGGUUGGAACUGAGGUCAUCAGGCAUUGUGACUGUUUCUGAGACGAUGGUGCUGCUGAGUCAUGUGGAGGAAGGUGAAAAAAGCAAAUGGCAUCAUAUAUCAUUUAAUAUAACUAUUUACAUUUCAUUAUAUUUAAUUUAUUUCCUCAUAUUAAGACUGUAUGACUGUACACAGUUUCAGAUUUGUUGCCUUAAAAGCUUGUUCCACCCUGACUGUUGCAUUGUGAGCGACAUGAAGCCGCUGCUGCUCGGCCUCCACGUCGCCCUGAUGGUCACUGACGCACAACGACUACUGGGACAGUUUCGCCCAAGAAGCAUCCACUUGUUGGAUCCUUAGAUAGUCGGGAAUGGAAGGAUGCGUUUGAAGGAGCCUUCAAAAUGGAGCAGCCUGUGAAGCCAUCUGGCUUCACUGCUUUGGUCCUGUUAGAUUUGUCCUUGUUUCAUAAACAAACCACAGUGACAGAACGGAUCUGCAUCCGUCAGACCACUUUUAUAUUUCCAUUUCUUUCUGAGGUCUAAAGUCUCCAGAGUGCUGCACAAACACAGUCACAGUGAAACAAUUGUGACCAGUGAGAAGUCAACACAUUCAAAUGGUCAGUUCACCAUUCACCACAAAAUACCAUUGAGAUUGGACAGUCGUCUCACAGCCGGAUAUCAAAGCUCCUCGAAUAAAACCAAAACCAUAAACUGCACGACUAGAUAACUGGAGAGGAAAAAGAAAGUGGUGAGUGAACUGACCCUUUAAUCCAGCUUCUCAUUGUAAUCACAUGGUUCCUUUUAUCACCAGCAACCACUUCAUGGGAACUAAUGUAAGAAAUCACUGAAGUGACAUCGACACGAAUAAGAAGGUGAAGCUCUGAACCAGGACGAGCUGAACGUCCCUGACCGAUGAUGUGACCAGGCUCAGUUGGAGGCAGCUCUGGUCCUGGUCUGAAAUGUUUUACUGCCUCCACUCCCUCCAUCCAUACCACUCUGCUGCUUUCCUCCAUCCAUCAUCCAUCUCUCAUCUGCUGCUUUAAGAGCACUGCAGUGUCUGCAGAGCAGUCCCACCACACCGGUGCUUUUCAGACAUGCUCGCUCGCACACACACACAGGUGUGGUAGCAGCAACUGUAACAUCAGGAUAUCUGAUGUAAAAGAACCAUUUGCUGCUGAAAAGGAUCGAUGUCACUUUCCAUGUGAACAGUUAGAGAGGAGAAGGCAACACGGCUGCAGUUAAAAUGCAAAGAUUUUCCUGUUUCGUGUUUUAAUGCCACGACUACGUUUGACACUGUAAACAACAGAAUAAUGAAAAGACCAAAACGUUUUAAUACUUUUUCUUUGAUAUGUUUGCACAGUUUACGUUUGUUGCUCCUUCAACCGAUUAACUACUUUAGUAUAAUAGCUUUUGACAACAGCUGAGUAUGGGCAAGCCUGUGAGAUGGAAACACUACUUGAAAACAUGCGUGUUGCACGUUGCCGUCGAUUUUGGAGACAAAUGUUGUUUGUAGCAACAAAAGCUCCAAGUUUCACCUGCUGUGAUUGUUGCAUAUGACAGAAAUAGGACCAUAAAGAUGAAAGAUUUGUUUGCCAUUUACACCAGAGAGUGCCACAGAUCAUUUAUCACUUUUUUUUGGUCUAUGCAAAGAUUUCAGUUUGUUCUGUGUUAACUAUUUCAUGUGCCUUGACUGUGCCGCCUCCUGGUGGCUUGAACACGGUGGUGCUUUCACUGAUUCAUUAAGUGCAACCAGCUGAAUUUCUUUUAUAUCAGCUCAUCAGUUUUCUCACCUCCAUUUUUGAAAAAACUCUGAGAUGGAAGAGACAGAGUUGAGUAAAUAGAAAGUGUCGUCAGGUCAGAUAAUAAAUGAAAGUCAUCAGUAACGUCUGUGCAGAUCUUGAACUCUUGAAAUAGGAACGACAGAGUGGUUUCUGUGUGAUUGACAGUCAGGUCGUCCAACUUUCAUCAAACUAAUAAAAGAUGAGAUGAUGAAGGCGCUGAUGAGCGUUCUUCUGACCACACCCACGUCUGACUGUUGAUAUGCUGUUCGUCUCUACCUGCUGCUUCAAAGCUGUUGUUCUUUUGUGUGUUUACAUGUUUAUGGUGAAGGGAAGAAUGUUUUCCUUUUUUCUUGCACACUGAAUAUUGAUUGGUUCUUUAUUCAAAGAGAGAUCUAUUUUUCCAUUUUGACAAAUGUCUGUAAUUUUCGAUCAUGAAAUCGAACUUUCUGCUGGAGUGUUCUUGAUUGAAAAAUGAAAUAAACAAUGACAAACCAA